AUGGAAGUCCCGUUUCUAAACAAGAAUUUUUCAUCUUCAUCUUCUUCAAAUUCAAAUUCAUCAUGGGCUUGGCCUUCUUGUCACCAAAACCCUAGAACCGUAUCUUUCAGAGCCACCAUUACCGCAAACAACCCUUAUGACGUUGAUGAGAAAGAGGAAGAGGAAGAGGAAGAGAAAGAGGAGCCACUUUUUUCCAUCAUCUUAUCCUCCUCAUCCUCCUCCACCCAAUCCACCGUUGACGGCAUAGAAGAGUUGCCAGAGACCGAGUCUAUAGAGAAUGUGAUCAAAGGUAUUAAACCAUCAGAAAGACUCAUCUUUGACCAAAAAGGAAAAUCCAAAUCUAUACUCGAAGAGAUGACGAACAAGGAUACAAAUCCUUGGAAUCAAUCCACCUUUUCUACUAUUACAAAUGAUUCAUGGUGGAGAUGGUUGAGGUACACACCCUUCAUCACAGCUAGAGAAGCCUCAAAAUGUAUCAUGAAGACGACCAAAUAGAUAAAUGACAUGUACAAGUUUGAUGUUUGUACGUCGUGAUAGACGCGAGGUAAGCAUGCACAAUUGACGUUUGUAUUGAAAUCUAUAAGAGUUGCGUCUAGGGAGACUGAUACGAAUCGAAUAGAUCUUUUCGGAGGUUUCAUCUGAUGCCAUAUGAACAGUUAGUAUACUCGUGAGCUCUUCUUCUUUCUUUGCUUCCA